AUGAGCUUCCUGAGGGCGCUUACCAAGCGUGGCCUCGCCGUAUCGCCGCUGGUGCAACGCCUCGGGCCUCAUUUGUCCUGCCGAUCUUUCUCCAUCGUUGGCAACCCGAACGUCAGCUCGUACCUUGUGCAACAGGCUAAUAAAGCGAAAAAUGUAAAUCGCACCCUGCACGGUCUGCACGAGCGCAAACAGGCCACCUUCAACGAACGCAGCCAGCUCAAGUACGCUCGGCGGCUCGUAGUGAAGCUGGGCAGUGCCGUAAUCACCCGUGAGGACGAACAUGGCCUCGCUCUGGGCCGGUUGGCCUCGAUCGUGGAACAGGUCGCCGAGUAUCACGUGGAAGGACGCGAGUGCAUUAUGGUGACGAGCGGUGCCGUCGCGUUCGGCAAGCAAAAGCUCACCCAGGAGCUGCUGAUGUCGCUGUCGAUGCGUGAAACGCUCUCGCCCACGGAUCAUACGCGCCAGGACGCGGGAACGCUACUGGAACCACGUGCCGCAGCUGCUGUCGGCCAGUCCGGGCUGAUGUCGCUGUACGACGCCAUGUUCGCGCAGUACGGCAUCAAGAUCGCGCAGGUCCUCGUCACCGAACCGGACUUCUACAACGAGGAAACGCGCAAGAACCUGUUCAGCACACUUUCGGAGCUGAUCAGCCUCAACAUCGUGCCGAUCAUCAACACGAACGAUGCCGUUGUGCCACCGAUGUUCAUCGUCGACCAAGAGGUGUCCGCCACGGGCAAGAAGCGUGGCAUCCGCAUCAAGGAUAACGACAGUCUGGCCGCGUUGCUAGCGGCGGAAAUCCACGCUGACCUGCUGAUUCUGAUGUCGGACGUGGACGGUAUCUACAACAAGCCUCCGUGGGAGGAUGGCGCACGAUUGAUGCACACCUACACGGCCGGUGAUAAGGAUCUGAUUAAGUUCGGCGAAAAGUCAAAGGUCGGCACAGGCGGCAUGAACUCGAAGGUGAUGGCCGCGACGUGGGCGCUCGACCGUGGCGUGAGUGUGGUAAUUUGCAACGGCACGCAGGAUAAGGCCAUCAAAAGCAUCCUAACGGGGCGUAAGGUGGGCACAUUUUUCACCGAAUCCACUACCGAGAAGGUCACUCCAAUAGAGCAAAUCGCCGAAAAUGCACGAAACGGUAGCCGCGUGUUGCAGAAUCUUACAGCAAACGAACGGGCGCAGGCGGUGAACACCUUGGCUGAUCUGCUGAUUUCCCGCCAGUCGGCUAUUCUCGAUGCUAACGCGAAGGAUCUGGAGGAGGCGAAGAAAUCGGGUCUUGCAAAGCCACUUCUCUCGCGACUUUCGCUGAAUGCUGGAAAACUGGACGGGUUGGCGAAAGGACUCAAGCAGAUUGCUGACGAUAGCCAUAGGAAUGUAGGGCGCGUUGUGAAGCGCACCAAACUGGCGGAAGGACUCGAGCUGAAGCAAAUUACCGUCCCCAUCGGUGUGCUGCUGGUGAUAUUCGAAUCCCGACCGGACUCGCUCCCUCAGGUGGCCGCCCUUGCCAUGGCGUCCGGCAAUGGGCUGUUGCUGAAGGGUGGCAAGGAAGCGGCCCACAGCAACCGAGCGCUGAUGGAACUGGUCAAGGAAUCGCUAGCACCGACCGGAGCGUCUAACGCGAUCUCGUUGGUAUCGACGCGCGAAGAAAUAAGCGAUCUUCUCUCAAUGGACGAACACAUCGAUCUGAUCAUUCCGCGAGGAUCGAGCGAGCUGGUGCGCAGCAUUCAGGAGAAAGCCCAACACAUCCCGGUGAUGGGACACGCCGAAGGUAUCUGCCACGUGUACGUCGACCGGGAAGCCGACCUAGACAAGGCGCUGAAGAUCAUUCGCGAUUCCAAGUGCGACUAUCCGGCGGCCUGUAACGCGAUGGAAACGCUGCUCAUUCAUGAGGACCUGCUGCAAAAUAGCUCCUUCUUCACGGACGUGUGCAACAUGCUGAAGCGUGAGGGUGUGACGAUCAACUCCGGCCCCAAACUGAACCAGAUGCUUACGUUCGGUCCGCCCCAGGCGAAAUCACUCAAGUUCGAGUACGGCGCGUUAGAGUGCAGCAUCGAGGUCGUGAAAAACCUUGAGGAAGCCAUCGACCAUGUGCACACGUUCGGCAGUGGGCACACGGACGUGAUUGUGACGGAAAAUCCUACUUCGGCCAAUUACUUCCAGAGCAACGUCGAUAGUGCCUGCGUGUUCCACAACGCAAGUAGCCGCUUUGCGGAUGGAUUCCGGUUCGGUCUCGGGGCAGAAGUAGGCAUUUCCACCGCUAGGAUACACGCCCGCGGUCCGGUAGGCGUUGAAGGACUACUCACAACGAAAUGGAUCCUUAGCGGAGUGGACCAUGCGGCGUCGGAAUUUACGGAUGGUUCGCGCGCGUGGCUGCACCAACCGCUACCGACAGGAGAGUGAGCGUAGCCUACAAUUGCCAGUUGUUCCAGUCGAUGGGCACCGUCCUACCGUUUAAGAAUUUUUCUACCGCUGCAUUGUGCGGGCUGUUAACGAUGCGUGUUUAAAGAGGCCCCCUUCGAACGGCAACAUUCCUAUUGCCGCGUACGCACAACCGUCUGCGAGGCAGUGUAAUGAGCAGCACAAUCGGAAAACUCAAUUAAUUAUCCUUACCAUAUUAUUGUUAGUACGUCGCUGAAUGCGUAAUCGUUUCGUUCCGCAGGGGACGAGAGUGGUCAGAACGUUGGUAAAUGAAAUAAAAG